AGGGCCGGCAGUCGGCUCGGGAGCGGCCGGCGCGCGCGCGUGUGCGUUAGGCGCCGCAGCGAGGCAGGGAGGCGCGCAGGGACGGUGGUUGUGCCGGUCCUAGGGCGGCGGCUGCCACCGCAGCAGCCCCCCGAGCAGAGGGGGCCGACGCGGCCGGACGAGCUGGGGAUGGGGAGGACCGGGUCCCGCACCUCUCCCGGGCGCGUGCGCGGCUCCGGGGGCGCACAGUGACGGCUGCGGCGCCGCUGGCCCGGCAAGCGCCGAGGCCGCUUCGCCAAGGGAACCUUCGGCCGGCGGCGGGCCGGGCCAUGAGGAGCGGCCGGGGCCGGGCCAGGCCUCGCUGACCCCGGCCCCGCGCGGAGGCCUCCACCCCGUUUCCGCUCCAGCCUCUCGGCAUGAGCGUCCGCCCGGGCCGGGGGCCGCGGCUGCCCCGGUCCGGCGGCCCGCGGGCGCGCUCAGGGCCGGCGGGCCCGCGGUGCUGAUCCCGGCCCGCCGCGCUGCGCUGCCCGCCCGCCCGCUGUAUGCCCCCGGGGGCGCGGCCAUGGAGGUAGUGGGCGACUUCGAGUACAGCAAGAGGGACCUCGUGGGACACGGGGCCUUCGCGGUGGUCUUCCGGGGGCGGCACCGCCAGAAAACUGACUGGGAGGUGGCUAUUAAAAGUAUUAAUAAAAAGAACUUGUCAAAAUCACAAAUCCUGCUUGGGAAGGAAAUUAAAAUCUUGAAGGAACUUCAGCACGAAAAUAUUGUAGCCCUCUAUGAUGUUCAGGAAUUACCCAACUCUGUCUUUCUGGUGAUGGAGUACUGCAAUGGUGGAGACCUGGCAGAUUAUUUGCAAGCUAAGGGAACUCUCAGCGAAGAUACUAUUAGAGUGUUUCUGCAUCAGAUUGCAGCUGCCAUGCGAAUCCUGCACAGCAAAGGAAUAAUCCACAGGGAUCUCAAACCACAGAACAUCUUGCUGUCAUACGCCAACCGCAGAAAGUCCAACGUCAGUGGUAUUCGUAUCAAAAUAGCGGAUUUUGGGUUUGCUCGUUACCUGCAUAGUAACAUGAUGGCCGCAACCCUGUGCGGGUCCCCAAUGUACAUGGCUCCUGAGGUUAUUAUGUCUCAACAUUAUGAUGCUAAGGCAGACUUGUGGAGCAUAGGAACGGUGAUAUAUCAAUGCCUAGUUGGAAAGCCACCUUUUCAGGCCAAUAGUCCUCAAGACUUAAGGAUGUUUUAUGAAAAAAAUAGGAGCUUAAUGCCUAGUAUUCCCAGAGAAACAUCACCUUAUUUGGCUAAUCUCCUCUUGGGUUUGCUUCAGAGAAACCAAAAAGACAGAAUGGACUUUGAAGCAUUUUUCAACCAUCCUUUUCUUGAGCAAGUUCCGGUGAAAAAAUCCUGCCCGGUCCCGGUGCCCGUGUAUGCUGGCUCUGUGUCCGGCAGCUCCUGUGGCAGCUCCCCGUCUUGUCGUUUUGCCUCUCCCCCGUCCCUUCCAGAUAUGCAGCAUAUUCAGGAAGAGAACUUAUCCUCCCCACCGUUGGGUCCUCCCAACUGUCUGCAAGUGUCCAAAGAUUCUGCCAGCACUAGUAGCAAGAACUCUUCCUGUGAUACGGAUGACUUUGUUUUGGUUCCACACAGCAUCUCGUCAGACCACUCAUGUGACAUGCCAAUGGGAGCUGCUGGCAAGCGUGCUUCAAACGAGUUCUUGGUGUGCGCAGGGCAGUACCAGCCUACCGUGUCCCCUCACAGUGAGACAGCACCAAUUCCGGUCCCUACUCAGAUAAGGAAUUAUCAGCGCAUAGAGCAGAAUCUUACAUCUACUGCCAGCUCUGGCACAAAUCUGCACGGUUCUCCAAGAUCUGCAGCGGUACGAAGGUCUAACACCAGCCCUAUGGGCUUCCUCCGGCUGGGAUCCUGCUCCCCGGCACCAGCAGACACAGUGCAGACAGUUGGACGGAGACUCUCCACUGGGUCUUCCAGACCUUUUUCACCUUCCCCUUUGGUUGGUACCAUUCCUGAGCAAUUUAGUCAGUGCUGCUGUGGGCAUCCUCAGGGUCAUGAAUCCAGGAGUAGAAACUCAUCAGGUUCUCCAGUGCCACAGGCCCAGUCACCACAGUCUCUCCUGUUGGGUGCUAGAUUGCAGAGCGCCCCUACCCUCACUGACAUCUACCAGAACAAGCAGAAACUCAGAAAGCAGCACUCGGACCCUGUGUGCCCAUCUCACGCUGGGGUUGGGUACAGCUACUCACCUCAGCCCAGUCGGCCUGGUGGCCUUGGAACCUCUCCCACCAAGCACAUGGGGUCCUCUCCUCGGAGUUCAGACUGGCUCUUUAAAACUCCUUUACCAACAAUCAUUGGCUCUCCUACUAAGACCACAGCUCCUUUCAAAAUACCUAAAACACAAGCGUCUUCCAACCUGCUAGCCUUGGUUACUCGUCAUGGGCCUUCUGAAGGGCAGUCUAAAGAUGGGAGUGACCCACGGGAAUGCUCUCAUUGUCUCUUAGUACAAGGAAGUGAGAGGCAGAAGUCUGAGCAGCAGAACAAGGCAGUGUUUGGCAGGUCUGUCAGUACUGGGAAAUUAUCAGAUCAACAAGUAAAGAUACCUUUAGGUGGACAUCAGGGCAGCACGGACAGCUUAAAUACAGAACGACCAAUGGAUAUAGCCCCCGCAGGAGCUUGUGGUGUGGUACUGGCACCUCCCAUAGGAACAGCAGCAAGUUCCAGGGCUGUCCUGUUCACUGUAGGAUCUCCUCCACACAGUGCCACGGCCCCCACUUGUACCCAUAUGGUCCUUCGAACGAGAACAACCUCAGCGGGCUCCAGCGGCUCCGGAGGCUCCCUGUGCUCCGCCAGCGGCCGCGCGUGCGUGGGCUCCCCGCCAGGGCCGUGCUCGGGGUCCUCCCCUCCGGGAGCGGAGGCGGCUCCCGGCCUGAGAUACAUGCCUUAUGGUGCUUCACCCCCCAGCCUAGAGGGGCUCAUCACCUUUGAAGCCCCUGAACUGCCAGAGGAGACACUGAUGGAGCGAGAACACACAGACGCCUUACGCCACCUCAGUGUGAUGCUGAUGUUCACCGAGUGCGUGCUGGACCUGACAGCCGCGCGGGGAGGAGACCCGGAGCUGUGCGCGUCCGCUGUCUCAUCCGCCGUCUCCUUGUACCAGAUCCAGGAGAGCGUGGUCGUGGACCAGAUCAGCCAACUAAGCAAAGACUGGGGGCGGGUGGAGCAGCUGGUGUUGUACAUGAAGGCGGCACAGCUUCUAGCCGCAUCGCUGCAUCUCGCCAAAGCCCAGGUCAAGUCCGGGAAACUGAGCCCAUCCACGGCCGUGAAACAAGUUGUCAAGAAUUUGAAUGAACGAUACAAAUUCUGCAUCACCAUGUGCAAGAAACUUACGGAAGAGCUGACUCGCUUCUUCUCUGACAAACAGAGAUUUAUUGAUGAAAUCAGCAGCGUGACUGCAGAGAAACUCAUCUAUAAUUGUGCUGUAGAAAUGGUUCAGUCUGCAGCCCUGGAUGAGAUGUUUCAGCAGACAGAAGAUAUUGUUUAUCGCUAUCAUAAGGCAGCCCUUCUUUUGGAAGGCCUAACGAAGAUCCUCCAGGACCCUGCAGAUAUUGAAAACGUACAUAAAUAUAAAACUAGUAUUGAGAGAAGACUGUCAGCACUCUGCUGUAGCACCGCGACCCUGUGAGCGGCAGCCGGUCCAGCCCCUGGACCAGUGGUGGAAUUGAGGAGAGAAGUUUGGGAUGACAGCUCGGGUUCUGGUUCCCCAUCUCCAGGAAACCGUAGUUUCUCACCAAAGAGCAAGGAGUGACUUCACAAAGGAAGAACCAUCCAAAACUACAUACUUGUAGGAAAUCUGCCUUAUCGGAGACGACACCCCUUCCCCUUUUCUUUGUAGAAGCAGCAGCAAGAGUAUUCCACUUGGCUCUCAGUUCGAACCUGGUAAAUAAAUGUACCUUAGAAAUAGAA